AUGGGAAAGUGGCAGCUUAACGGCCUGAGUCUGCUGGUCGGGUGGGUCGUCUGGUGCUGCGUUGGGUGGCCGAGUGGAGUGCAAGGGUGUCUGAAACAGGAGCGGGAGGCCCUCCUGCGGCUGAGAGACGGCCUGUACAGCCCCGGCCCGGUGAAUUCGUCCGAGUGGCCGUCCUGGGUUGGACAGGACUGCUGUCUAUGGGAUGGGGUGUCUUGCCAGAGCGAUCCCCCACGCCGUGUUAUCGGUGUCUCUCUCUCUAACAGGAGGAGAGAUGGGCUGGGAGGAUGGGCUGUGGACGGUUCUCUCUUCGUUCCACUGGAAAAGUUGCAGAGCCUCCAUAUGAAAGGGAAUCAUAUCAGUGGAUGGUCUCGACCUGAAGGUAGAUAACAAUCUCUCUCUCUCUCUCUCUCGCUCUUGGUGUUUCUAACUUCUUAGUGGGAGAGAAUUGAGUCAAUCUCGUCGGAAUCUCUUGCGUAGGGAUGUCGGGCCUUCGAGAUAUCCAAAGCGUUGACCUGAGCGAAAACGAGUUGACUGACGAGGGCGUGUCUUGGAUCUUUCGCCUUCCCUCGGUUGGCGAAGUCCAACUGUCAUUCAAUAAACUGAGGAGCUCCUCACUGAUCAAAGGUAUCCUGCCGCCUCUUCAGCUCAUAUCCUCGAAAUGUUAAUAUCUCUCAAUUCUUUAUUACUCGGGAAUUGGAAUUGGCUCCUUUUUGGUCUUAUUUCAAUAUAAUAAUUAGAUAUAUUAAAAGUAUUCUGACAUCAUCAAUAUUUAGACCAUCUUCACGAAGUUCUUAAUCAAAAUAUUAUUAUAAUUCGAAAUAAUUGAAUCUAAUUUUCACUAACACGAGGAAAAUCUUGAAAUUAUCCAGCUAUCCAAGCACGGGCCCAUCUCUAUUCGUUGACUUUUGUAUCAGUCAAAAUUAGAAUAAUAAUUUUAAAAAUUGAGGAAAUGUAAGCCUACAUAUUUCCUCUAAUUUUAAUCAGCACAAUAUUUUUCAACGUCUGGCAUUUACCGAUGAAUGCACCCUUCCGAUGCCGCAGGUUUCUGCACCAUGAAGAGUUUGACCUCCCUUCAUCUGGAAGUGAACAAGAUCGAAGGCACUAUCGAUCCCUGCAUCGCCGCCAUGCCGGCCAUGGAAGAAAUUUACCUCCAGAGCAACCACCUCACCGGAGAGAUUCCCUCCUUCCAGAAUGCAUCCUCUAUAAAGGUCAUCAGCCUUGGAGGCAACCGACUGGCCGGCGUGUUCUUCUUCUCCUCUAUCGCCGGCCUCCGCAACCUCACCGGAGUCGAUCUCUCUGCCAACCCCGGGCUCGAGGUGGAGACCGAGAGCCCCCCCUGGGUCCCGUCUUUCCAGCUGAAUGGCUUACUGUUAGGCGGGUGCGCUCUAAACCGCCGCAGCGGCAGGGUCCUUCCAACCUUUCUGUCCACGCAGAAGAACCUCCAGGUUCUGGAUUUGUCGAGGACCUCGAUCAGGGGUGAGCUUCCGGCGUGGCUGUUCGACAACGCCGGGGAGUAUCUUUAUCUGGGCGGGAACAAAUUCACCGGGCCGAUCCCCAAGCUGGCCGGCGGCACAGAACGCCGCCUCUCCCUACUCGAUCUGUCCGAGAACAGCAUCAGGGGCCCCCUGCCGGAAAACAUGAGCUCUCUUCUCCCCCAGCUCUACCACGUGAACUUCUCCAGGAACGCCUUCCGAGGAAGCAUGGACUCGUUCGCCCAGUUGAGAUAUGUGGGCGUGCUGGACGUCUCCUACAACCAGCUCGCCGGAGAGAUCCCCGCCGGCCUCACCGCCAACGGCUCCAGGAUCAGGCACCUGAACCUGGGCCACAAUAAGCUGGGAGGGAGCAUCCUUCCGCGGGGCUCCAGUAUGAGGAAUCUCAAGUACCUGAUCCUCGAGGAUAACCUCCUCACAGGGGGCAUCUCGCCGGAGCUGUCGGGGAGCCCGGAGUUGAUCAUUUUGAACCUGAGGAGGAACCAACUUUCGGGGACGAUACCCAAAGAGUCCUUCGCGCUGUCGCAGCCGCCGGUGGUCCUUCUGGGAGAGAAUAAGUUCCGAGGUAGGAUUCCGGAUGUUUUCUGUCGCAUGGAGGGGCUCCGGAUACUGGACCUCUCCGCGAACUCCCUUUCCGGUGCGGUACCCGGCUGCCUGAGUCACGUCGCCUCUUGGAGGAACGCCUCGAAGGCGUUGCUCGAUCAGAACUACUACUUCUCGGAGAGGGUAGCGGUGGAGUUCAGGACGAAGGGGAAGUUACGCGUCUUCGAGAACGACGACCUAUCCUGGUUCACCGGCGUCGAUCUGUCGAUGAACCAGUUGGCGGGCGCCAUCCCGGCCGAGAUAGGGACCUUGGCGGCGCUCAGGUCGCUGAACAUCUCCCGCAACCACAUUAACGGCGAAAUUCCAGUCUCCUUCCAGGGUCUGGAGAUGAUCGAAAGCCUGGAUCUUUCCCACAACCAGCUGACCGGAAGGAUACCUCAUCAGAUGGCUCGCCUCCGCCACCUAUCUGUCUUCUGCGUGGCUUUCAACAAGCUGAGAGGUGAUAUCCCUCUUCGCAGCCGCUUCUCCAGCGCCAUCGGCCGAGGUUGCUUCUAA